GUCUUUACUUCGUCAGCACAAGCGUGAACAGCACUUGCCGCGCAUUUCCAUAUCCUUCUCAUCUGUCCUUCGCGUAGCGUCUUCCUUGAAUCACUAUGGCUCUGCCUCCCCCAUCAAGACUCGGACGGUACCGUCUUCUCGGGCCUAAUUGUGGCCUGAGAGUAUCACCGCUGCAAUUGGGGGCCAUGUCCAUCGGCGAAUCCGAUGCGGCCACUCUCGGAAGCAUGACCAAGGAGAAAGCUUUCGAACUCCUGGAUGCCUACUACGAUUUGGGAGGAAACUACAUUGAUACUGCCAAUUCAUACCAAGCUGAAGAUUCGGAAAAUUGGAUCGGAGAGUGGAUGAAGAAGCGUGGAAAUAGAGAGGAGUUGGUCCUCGCUACCAAAUUUACUUCCAACUACAAGCGAGGCAAAGUGGACAAGCACCCUAUUGCAAUCAACCGCUCUGGUAACAGCUACCGAUCCAUGUUCCAGUCGAUCGAUGCGUCGCUCAAGAAGCUCGGUACCGACUACGUCGAUGUGCUUUACCUGCACUGGUGGGACUGGACGACACCCAUCCCCGAGGUCAUGCAGGGGCUCAACAAUCUGAUCAAAAUGGGCAAGGUAUUGUACCUCGGUAUCUCUGACACGCCCGCAUGGGUCGUCUCCAAGGCCAAUCAAUAUGCACGAGACCAUGGCCUCGCGCCGUUUGUGCUCUACCAAGGGCGAUGGUCGGCCGCUGCCAGAGACAUCGAAAGGGAUAUCCUCCCGAUGUGUAUCUCGGAAGGCAUGGGCAUCGCACCCUGGGGUGCUAUCGGACAAGGCCGAUUCCAGCGCAAAAAGGAUCAAGGCCAGUCCAAGGACGGACGGAGUUCCAUCGCGCUCAACGAGAAGGAGCUCAAGGUCUCGACCGCGCUCGAAAAGGUUGCCGACGAAAUCAAGGUGGAAAGCAUCACCGCUGUCGCCCUCGCCUACGUCAUGGGCAAAUACCCUUACGUCUACCCCAUCAUUGGCGGGCGAAAGGUCGAACACCUCAAGAGCAACAUGACUGCCCUUGACUUUUCCUUGACCCGGGAACAGAUCAAGGAAAUCGAUAAUGCUCUUCCAUUUGAUUAUGGUCAACCCAUGGCCGAGUUCGGUCUCGACCCUCAUGUCUUUGGCUAUCAGCAACACGCUGCAUUGGUCGGAGCUGGAUUGGUCGACUAUGUGCCCUAUCGUCAACCUCUUGACAAUGCCAAGCUUCGAGAGAGCGAUGCUGCUUCCGCUGAAGCCUUCAAGAAUGGCAAGAUUUAAGAGGAGCCCGGAAGCAAAAUAUUAUAUAUACAGGUUGAUGUAGAUUACCGUAAACGUUUUGAUGAUCCCCCGAUUGC